AGCUGCCAGGCCAGGGCGCUCCAGCCGGAGGCUGACGUCUGUGCUGAUUACCCGCGCCUGGUGCGUCCCAUCCGCAAGGCACACCCCUUCCAGAAGGCCCCGCCCCACGGAGCGACCUACCCCUAGGCGGGAAGCAGGGGAAGAAAAACCCGGGAGAGGGGUCAGGACCGAGACUCAGCGGCGAGCGGGUGACGCACACAGAGGCUCCCCCACUGGCGCGCAAACUUGAGUUACUUCUGCGCGCGGGUGGUGGCGACGCGCUGAGCUCUGCGCUAGUGUUGGCAGAGGCAGAGGCGUGGCUCUGGAGCUAAUCCCAGGGUCCGGUCUUGGUUCCUCUGCCGGUCUCCAGACAGAAAACAGCGGAGCGGCCGGUACACGCACUGGAGCAAGCAGUAGCAUGCAGUCGCCAACAAGUCUGUGCAGACUCGCCCUGGUGGCUCUGGUUUUUGCCUGCAUUUCGGCCGGGGUCUGGGGAGAGGAGAGAGGAUUCCCGCCAGCCUGGACCACUCCAAGGUUUCUGGAGACCGGAGAGAGAAUAACGCCAUCUAUUAAGACCUCCUGGCCUAGCAGUUCCAACUCCAGCCUGCCUGAGUCCUCAGCACCUGCACAGGUAGCUGAGAAAGAGCAGAUGCCUGGGGGCCCGCCACGUCAGCCCUCCACUUCACAGUGCCACGGAAACAUCGAGAUCAAGGAGACUUUCAAAUACAUCAACACGGUUGUGUCCUGCUUAGUGUUCGUCCUAGGCAUCAUCGGAAACUCAACACUGCUGCGAAUCAUCUACAAGAACAAGUGCAUGCGAAACGGUCCCAACAUCUUGAUCGCCAGCCUGGCUCUGGGAGACCUCCUGCACAUCAUCAUCGACAUCCCCAUCAAUGUCUACAAGCUGCUGGCAGAAGACUGGCCUUUCGGGGUUGAGCUGUGCAAGCUGGUGCCCUUCAUACAGAAGGCCUCCGUGGGGAUCACUGUGCUGAGUCUGUGUGCCCUGAGUAUCGACAGAUACCGAGCCGUUGCUUCUUGGAGUCGCAUUAAAGGAAUCGGCGUUCCAAAAUGGACAGCAGUAGAAAUUGUUUUAAUCUGGGUGCUCUCUGUGAUUCUGGCUGUCCCUGAAGUCAUAGGUUUUGAUAUGAUUACCAUGAACUACAAAGGACGUCACUUACGAAUCUGCAUGCUCCACCCCAUUCAGAAAACAGCCUUUAUGCAGUUUUACAAGACAGCUAAAGAUUGGUGGCUCUUCAGCUUCUAUUUCUGCUUACCACUGGCCAUUACUGCCUUGUUUUAUACCCUGAUGACCUGCGAGAUGUUGAGAAAGAAGAGUGGCAUGCAGAUUGCUUUAAAUGACCACUUAAAGCAGAGGCGAGAAGUUGCCAAAACAGUGUUUUGCCUGGUCCUUGUCUUCGCACUCUGUUGGCUUCCCCUUCACCUUAGCAGGAUUUUGAAGCUCACCCUUUAUGAUCAAAAUGAUCCCAAUAGAUGUGACCUUUUAAGCUUUCUCUUGGUGAUGGACUACAUCGGUAUCAACAUGGCCUCCUUAAAUUCCUGUAUCAAUCCAAUUGCUCUUUACCUGGUGAGCAAAAGAUUCAAAAACUGCUUUAAGUCAUGCUUAUGCUGCUGGUGCCAGUCAUUUGAAGAAAAGCAGUCCUUGGAGGAAAAGCAGUCAUGCUUAAAGUUCAAAGCUAAUGAUCACGGAUAUGACAACUUCCGUUCCAGUAAUAAAUACAGCUCAUCUUGAAAGAAGGAAUAUUCACUUAAUCUCAUGUUCUCUAUUGGACAGAAGUCAUUGAAACAAAAUGAUAUAUUUGGCAAAAGAAAAACAAAAAAACUAUGUUUGCACAAAAACCACAUAAAGUUGUAAGAGGGAUCAUUUUAGCACUCAUAAUUCUACCUGACAUUUAAUGGACUGUUUAUAGCAUGAGGAGAAGUGAGAAUUAAGAAAGGCUCUUUGUGAAAGCACUUAAGUUUUUACAGUUAGCACUUCAAUAUAGCUCUCAGUAGCUUCCAGUUUAUUCAUACACCACUUGCAUUAAAGAAACAAGCUCACUCAGAAUUCCUGUUGAAGAGUUUUAUUCUUAAAUCAUGUGACUCUGUAGGAAGGAAAUACAAAAUUUCAAAAAUCCUUCAAGAAAUAACUUUUUGUGAACAGAAUUAUGUCAAUGGUCAAAGUGUAAUUAGGUGCAACGUGAAAAUCAGCUCAAACCACUUAUGUUUUUGCACAAUAGAAACAAUGAAAUGACCAUUAGAAAGAGAAAUUGACACUGUUUAUGAAAAUCAUUGUAUCCUACAUUCAGAUAAGAUCAAAGAAAGAGGGCUGUGAAUUGCUAGUACAAGACUUCUUUGAACUAUCCCAUUCACAUGGUUUGCAAAGAAAGAGUCCACACUGUCUACAACUUUGGAGACCAUUAAAAUCUUCUUUCACUCUUAUAAACUCUAUGUGUUUAGUUCUAUCAUCUGUGAAUAGUUAGCUGCAUACACUACCAUGUAGAUGAUCAAAUGAAGGGCAGGCCCCCCUGUUCAUAGCUUUACGACCAAGAGACUCCAUAAAGGACAAAAUGUGAAUUGCCUGGUGCAGUCUUCACAUAGCAAAAGAGCAAGGAGCAUCCUCUCACCCGUGGUCUCUAGCACAAGUACAUUAUAGGUGAAACACUGUUUUUCAAGUCACACAAAUUAAGCAAUUUAACAGAAACCUGUAAGGCUUAUUACUAAUUUUUGUAUUAUUUUUGUAAAUAGUCCACAGAAAAGUAUCUGGAUGUGGUGUUUUUCUAUCAGAGGCAAAGUUGCUUCUUAGGAAGAUGAAGCACCCUCUUUAUCUCUUUAAUUUGUGCAUUCUUGCCUAACUUUUUAAUCUCCUCGGCAAAGUGCCUUAAGGUUAACUUGGGAUGAAAUGUGUGUGAAAAUGUGUACGAGAGAUAUCAGAAGAGAGGAAAUGAGGUGGGGUGGGAGGAAGCCCACGGGGACCGAUUCCCACUCCGAGCCUGGAGUUCAUCAGAGCCUUGUCACAUCCAUGCGGAAGGUCCUGAUUUUGUCGCAGCAAAGCACAGCUCAGUUAGGAACAAAUUAGACCCAAGAGCUUUAACUCUGUCUUAAAAUAUAACAGAAUUUCCAGUCUUUUUUUCUUUCAGUAAACUCGGCCACAUGUUGAAAAUAAGCUAGGAAUGUUGCUUUCUGCCAGAAUCUAAUGUGAUGCUACAGUAAACCCAAAUCCAACAAUGUGGCCAAAAAGAAAGGACAAUUAAUUCACAUGUCACAUGGAUUCUAUUUACAAAUCACCCACAGUCCUAUUUAUUAAUUUAUUCCCGAUCUCUUUUUCAAGUGCCUGUCAUCAUAAAAGACAUUUCAGUUUUAAAUUUUAAGUUAACUUUAAAUCACUAAUGCUUCCACAGUUUGUGAAUAUGUCUUUUGUUCCUAUUUAAGUUUUAGAGUACUUUAUAUUGCCAUGUACUGGGUUUUUACCUUCUAAUACCCUCUUCAUUUAUGUCCUAAUCUCUUUCUGCUUGGCAAAAUCAUGGACUAUAAUCCCUUGCCAAAAUUUAAAGCUGCAUAGAAGAAGUAUUCAUGCACUAUCUAUAAUGAAAAUGUGUUCAGUACCUUUUAAAAACUGAUUCAAAAUGUUAACAUGAUGAUAAAGAGUGGUUAGAAAGAUUUCUUUAUACACCUAAAAUCAAGAUGAGACAUGUUACCACUAAACUUUAAAACAUAUUUCCUAGUAUAAAGAACUGUUUAAUAUAGCAAUAACAAUAGCAUUAACAUGGAUUUUACAACUCACAAGAUUUAUAAGUGAUGCUGACCUGUUUUCUCUUUUGUUACCCGCUACUUCCAUGGUUAUGAGUUUAAACGCCUUUUAAUAUUUGAUAGCUUACACAUGGCCAAAGCAAUACAGUUUAUAACCUGGAGUAUACUGUAACUAACCUUAUAAAAUUGUAAUAUAGCCAUGUAAAAAUAAUUAUAUAUUUUGUUUUGCUGUGGUCACUUAAAGUGGCAACUACCCCAGUUGCUGUUUUCUUAUUAGGUAAACAAAAAUGAAUAUCUAAUUUGUUUUUUAAAAAGCCAGCUUAUCUUUCGCUAUGAAGGCACUAAUGCAUUAAUCUUGAUUGAUUGAGUGUUUAAAAGAAAUGCAGAUGUUAUAAAUGGACAUUAUGUUAAAUUUACAAUGAUCCAGGGUAUAUGAAAGUCGUUAAAUUAAAAUAUCACAUUUCUGAUCUUUGGA